GUGCAUGAACAAAUAAAAUUUUAAUUUUCGUUCAUUAUUUGAAGGCUGAUUGUUUAUCACAUGUAGAUGGCGUGAAGUUGAAUACGUUUUCCAUACCAGGUCUCAUGUGAUACUCUCUGCAAAGAAUGUUGUAUAAGUUGAUAAUAUAUGCCUCUUACGGAAACGAUCACCAUUGAAGAUGUGACCAUCAGAUUCACCCCAGAGGAAUGGGCUCUGCUGGACACAACACAGAGAAAGCUGCACAGAGCUGUGAUGCUGGAAACCAUCAGGAACCUGCAAUCCCUGGGAUGCCAGUAUGGCAAAUCAGAUUUUGUUUUUCACAAGGAUGAAACACAAAUCCUAUGGAAGGGAGAACAAAGAGCUUUCCCAAGAAAUCAUAAUGCAUGUAAAAAUGAGAAUGCUGUUUCAGUAGAGAAGAUAGCUGGGGCAAUAAGUUUGCAAAAUACAAGUUUCAAUCACUCUGGUUACCUUUUCUAUUUUAAAUAUAUGGGAGAUAUAAAGUUAAUAUUUGGUUACCCACCUCUGGCUUUGUCUGUUGAAGAGAUUUACUGUUCCAUCCUGACAUGAUUUUUGUGUUGAU